AUGGGUCUGCCAUUGACUACAAAGGCUCUUUCUAAGGAGGAUUAUGAGCCUUUGAUAGAUAAAAUCAGAACUCGAAUGCUGUCGUGGACCAACAAGAGCUUAUCUUAUGCAGGGCGCUUGCAGCUUCUCAACUCAGUCAUCUCCAGCAUAACUCACUAUGGGUUUCCUGGGUUCAACAUUAUCUUUUGCAUCAUAUUUCAUUCUGGGAUGUUCGGGAAGACAACAGGUUCCUGGAUAUGGAGGAAACUCCUUAAGUUGUGUCCUCUGGCCUAUCAGUUCAUCAGGGUGGAAGUUGGUAAUGGUGAGAAAGCUUUCUUUUGGCAUGAUGAUUGGUUGCGAAUCAGGAAACUUAUUGAGUUAACAGGAGCAACUGGCACAAGGUAUCUAGGAAUAGUUCGUAGUGCUCGGGUGUGUGAUGCUGUGGCUCAAGGCCAAUGGAGAGUGAGGGGACAGAGAAGGCGGCAUUUCCAAGAUUUACAUGCCAAAAUACAAGCAGAACCGGUACCUAAUCAGUGCAUGGGAGAGGAUAGGUUUCUAUGGAGGCACGAAACAGAGGUUUAUAAGGACUCUUACUCAGCUUCAAGAACAUGGGAACAGCUUCGACGCAAGAAAGAAGAAGUGAAUUGGAGUAGUAGUGUGUGGUUCAAACAAGGUGUUCCUCGGUUUGCAUUUAUUGUGUUGCUUGCUAUUCAGAAUAGGCUCUCUACGGGAGACAGAAUGAGGCAGUGGAGAAUUCAGCAAGGUUGUGUCCUUUGUGGAGAGAGAGAUAAGACGCGCGAUCACUUGUUUUUCGCUUGUCCUUACUCUUAUACCGUCUGGGAUAGAGUCGUUGGCAAGCUUAUGGGACGGAGAAUCAAUCCUGACUGGUCUGAUAUGCUCAGAUAUAUUCGAAAUGGAGCAGCCAAUCUUAAGAAUCAGGUGCUCAUCAGUUUGCUCUUUCAAGUGGUGGUUUAUCAUAUCUGGCGUGAACGCAAUCUAAGGAGAAAUCAACAAGGCCAGAAGGGGACUGAGCUGAUGAUUAGUACAAUCAAUAAGACAGUAAAAAAUAGGAUAUCUUCUUUGGGUUAUGAGGCAGAUCAUAGAUUGGAAGGACUUCUUCGGAGAUGGUUCGAGGUUUUUGAUUGA